UGCAGCAUCUCACCUCCUGGGGGUGCUCGCAGUUCUCUCCACCGCUGCGCGCAGCACCUCAAAGAAAUUUCCUGUAUGUGCAAGUCCGGCCGCCGCUGCGGGGCUGCUCAGAGCGGGCGGGCGGCUCCGCAGAGCCGAGCUCCGCCGGCCGCCCCGCCGCGAUGGAGGCGCCGUCCCCCCGCGCCGGGCUGCUGCUGGCCGCGCUCUGCCUGCUGGCUUCCCACGGAGGGCCAGCAGCGUUCCUGAUCACUACCCCAUAUUCGCUCUGUGUCUGCCCCGAGGGCCAGAACGUCACCCUGACCUGCCGGGUCAGUGGUCCCCUUGCCGACCGCCACGACCUGCUCUACAAAACCUGGUACUUCAGCAGCAAUGGUGACCAGAGCUGCUCUGAGAAGAAGCACAUCCGCAACAUCACUGAGAAAGAGCUGCACCACGACCUGAGCAGGCACCAUGAGCCACUGGGCAACAGCACCCAAAAAUCUCCCCUUGAGGGCCAAGCCAGCCAUCACGGGGUGGAGUUUGUCCCCGACCACCAUGGUGCCUUCCACAUCGUGGUGAUGAACCUGACGCUGCAGGACAGUGGGAAUUACUGCUGCUAUGCUGUGGAGGCCAGGAGGGAGCACGGCAAGCCCCACACCCUGCAGGUCGCUCAUGGCUUUGUGGAGCUGCAGAUUCAGCAAGGCAGAGGAGGGCUUCAAAACUGCACGUUUCACACUGCCACCAGCAAAGAUAUCACAGCUGCCGCGCUGGCAACGGGCGCCUGCAUCGUGGGCAUCCUCUGCCUGCCCCUCAUCUUGCUCCUGAUUUACAAGCAGAGACAAGCUGUCAGCAGCAGACGUGCCCAUGAGCUCGUCAGAAUGGAGAGCGCCCAGGGCAUCGAAAACCCUGUCUUCGAGGCGGUCCCCACGGCGAGCAUGGAGCCGCGGCCCCAACCCCAGCUCUCCUACAUGGCCAGCCGGCAGCCCUCUGAGUCUGGCCGGCACUUGCUCUCUGAGCCCAGCACCCCCCUGUCCCCCCCUGGCCCCGGGGACUGCUUCUUCCCAACACUGGAUCCUGUUCCCGACUCACCAAAUUCCUUGAAAGCCUAAAGACCCCAGAGGAAAGCACAGCCCGCAGCAGCAGCCCGGAGAGGCCAGGCAGCUGCCCAGCUGAGACCCCCGGGAGGGCAACAUGGCUGUGGGCAGCAAAGCCUUAAAGAAAUGAAGCUGAGUGCAGGAGCCCUGCCCUCGCCUCCUGUCCUGCUCUGCCAAGGGGCUAGAAGUGAACGUCUCUUGCCUGGAGUUUGGUUUGUAACUACCUAUUUCUAUGGAGAAGAGCACGGCUCUGUGCUGCACACAUUUUAUGGACUAGCUGAAAACCGAGGAUGUGGGGAAGGAUGACCCGCACCUGCAAAUCUCCCUGAUGAUUUAACUUAUUGCCAGGCGUUUAAGCAACCUGUUUCUUCAUCUUUGACUGAAAAUCCUCCCUAGGAGCAGAUGGUGAAGUACUUUAUCCACUGCGAGACAAAACAGGGUCAUCAGCCAAUCUUGUACUGCCUUUUUCUUUGCAAAACAGGAAGGGGAAAGGCUCUCUGCUGCUGGCAGAGCCCUUUUUCCCCACCAGCCUUUUUUGAGACAGCCACGGACUUGCAAAGCUGCUGUCUUUUCAGCUGGACACGCAUCAGGAGGAGCCUUAUUUCUGCUGUGAUUUUAUCCUUGGCUUGGGAUUAGGGGAGUUUGUCUUUCUGUUUGUUUCAUUAUCAGUGCUGAUUAAAAGAAAAAAAAGGA